UUCUCUUCUCUUUCGCUGUGUUUUUCUUCUUUCUUACGACCUCUCCAUCUCUCUCUCUUUCGUCUCUCUAGAAAAACGCUUCAGGAGCUGCCAUUAAUCCAUUCAGCGAUUAAACUUUCUACUCUUUCUUCCACCAUCUCAGGCUUGCGUUUUGAUCUAUACAGCUUCUUCGUUUACGUCUCUUUAAUCUCGCUUCCCUUACUAUUCGGAUUUUCCGAGGCUGCUUAGGUUUCCGAUUUUUCAAUCCUGGUUUUAGUUUGUGUGUUUUUUGGUUUUUCGAUUGCUGAUUUAUUCCAAGUUUUUUUGUUCUUUUUCCUAAAUUUUUUUUUUUUGUAUUUUCACGUUUUCUCGCAAUUAAUUGUAAUCCUGGAGAGUUAGCUGAUAGUGUAUUGUGAAUUGAUUGGUCCUAUUGCAUUUCGAUGUUUCUAAGAUUGGUUUUAGGGUUUCUUCUCAUUCUCAUUGCUUAAUUUGAUGCUGAGAGGGUUUUGGUGUAUUGAUUUGAGCCAUGAAUUUUUUUUUUAUUUAAAAUUUUUCAAUGUAUUUAGACUGUAAAAGCUAUAAUCCAUUCAUUUGAUUAUCUUAAUCUGGGAAAAUAUUUUGAGCUUGUUGUUCAUUUGUUAAUUCGUCAGUUUCUAAAUAGUAUAGUUUUGACAAUUUGAUCAUAGCCAUUGUUUUAGACUACUUUAGGUUCUAAUUUAUAUGCUCAAAUCGUUUAAUUUUUGUAGUUUGAAAGAGAGAGAUAAGCUUUUAGAGGAAUGUCCGAGACUACUAAUGAAGAUUCUAGAGCAGGGACAUCAGUGGAUGAGAAUUUAUCAAAUGGAAGAAGAAGUCAAUCAGAAGAAGCACUCGCGGAGUGGCGCUCGUCUGAUCAAGUGGAGAAUGGGACUCCUUCGACAUCGCCAGUGUACUGGGACACUGGUGAUGAUGAUGAUUUUGGUAUGUUUAAAACCUUCUAAAUAUAUUGGAAAGAUACAUGGGAGAUUUAGAAAUUUUCAGAAAUCAACAAAUAGGAGCUACGUGGCGAUGUUUUUGAAGUUGGGGGUUACAAAUGGUAUAUUCUAAUCUAUCCACAAGGGUGUGAUGUUUGCAACCAUCUCUCUUUGUUUCUAUGUAUUGCAAACCAUGAUAAACUUCUUCCAGGUGAAACUGGCUGGAGUCAUUUUGCGCAAUUUACAAUAGCUGUUGUGAACAAAUAUCCAAAGAAAUCGAAGCAUUCAUAUACAUUACACCGGUUUUGGAAGAAAGAGCAUGAUUGGGGAUGGAAAAAGUUUAUAGAGUUACCUAAAUUGCAGGAUGGGUUUAUAAGUGAUUCCGACUUUCUUAUAAUCAAGGCUCAAGUUCAGGGAUCAGGUAAAUGCAAGAUUGAAGAGAGGGUGGACCGACCUUUUCGCUGCCUUUUUUGUCAGUAUAGGAAGGAACUUGUUAGGGUAUAUAUGUCAAAUGUAGAGCAAAGUUGCGGGCGAUUUCUAGAAGAGAAAAGAAGCAAGCUUGGUAGGUUUUUACAGGAUGGCAAAAUGGAAAAAGUAUUCCACAUUUACACUCAUUUCCUCAGAUUCGAGAAUGAAAUUUUGAAUAGCUGUUGUGGCGGAGGCCUUGGAUUUACUUUAGUCUGGUGUAGUUCUGAACUUUUCCUUUCUUAUUUCUUGAUAUUUUCCCUCAAAGUUUCAGCAAUAUGCAUAGACGGAAUGUAUUGUUAUUCUUUGUGCAGUUUUGCUACCUUCUGGGUAGGGUUGAACCAGAAUUUAAGGUGUCAGAUGUCCCAGGAGAAAAUGGAUGUUAUUUUAAAAAUGGUUGUAACACUUUUCAUCGAGAAGGAAGUGACAUCCACUUUGGUGAUGGAUUCCUUGUAUAGUGGUUUGAAGGCUCUUGAAGGCCAAACUAAGAACAAGAAAAGUAGGCCGAGACUGUUGGAUACCGAAGAAUUGCCAGCUCCAUUUGUUAGCGUGGAGAAAGAUAUGUUUGUAUUAGUUGAUGAUGUGCUAGUACUCAUAGAGAAGGCUGUUCUGGAGCCAUUGCCUCUAAAAGAGGAAAAGGAUCCUCAAAACCGUACCAAGGAUGGGAAUGUCGUGGAAUACAGGACAGAAGCCAUAGAGCGUGAUGAGAAGCGUUUAACUGAGUUGGGUAGACAGACUGUGAAGAUAUUUGUUCUUGCACAUAUCUUCAGCAACAAAAUUAGUGUUGCAUACCAAGAAGCUAUUGCAUGGAAAAGACAAGAAGAACUUAUUCGCAAACAAAAGGAAGAGUGGCUAGCAGAAAGCGAACAGAAGUCGAAAAGAAAAGCAGCAGAAAAAGAGAAAAAAUCUAAGAAGAAACAGGCGAAACAGAAAAAGAACAAAAAUAGAGGAAAGGAGAAAAGGAAAGAAGUGAAGGUAAGAUCCCAAACUGAAGAAAGGGAUCUAGAGAAAGAGGAAUGUGUGAGAGCGAAAGCAGAACCGUCAGCUGAGAAACCCGACACACUUGUAGAUGUGUCUGAUGUUUCUGAUUCAGUAGAUAGUUCAGCUGAUAUUCAUUACCUUGAUUCAGAAGAAAGAGAGAGCAGCCAUGUUCAUUGGGAAAAAGAUGCCUCAGAGAUUUAUCCUCUUUCUUUAGGAGACACUAACAGGGGAAGAGGCAGUUCCAUAUCUAUACCUAAUGGAGUUGCAGAAAGAAAGUGUCUCUACACAAUAGAUGAUAGUUCCUCAACUUGUUCUAAUGACUCGAUCUGAUAAAAUGUAGCCAAUGGGUCGUACAAAGGAAAUGUAUUAAACUGCCGAAGCCACAAAUGGCAUCUGCCUUCAGAACCAAAGCCAUGCUUCUCUGAUGCCAAAAGUUUAGCCAGUGAAACAGAGGACCAACCUUCAAGACACACAUCUAAUCCGAAGAACCAAAGCCAUGCUUCUAAGGUACGUAGAGUUGGUGAAGCUGACGUGGUUAUCUCCAACGUCCAGGAACCAGAGAGGCGUGUGGAGCGUAAUCCUAUUAGCAAGGAUCACAGCACAGUUCAGACGCAAGAGAAAAGCCCUGUUAUACUUAUCUCGCCCAGAGCUGCUCCCUGGAAUCUCACAUCUGUAGCGCAAGCAAAAUCGGAGAAAAACGGUGUUUCAAAUUAUGUAGAUUCUGUUCCAAACAGGAGACCAAUAUCUGCUAGAUCACCUUCAUCAGAUCAAGCAUCACCAUCUCGAGAUAUUCAGUUGCAAACUGUGGCUCCUAGAUCCGAUGUACAGAAAACCGCUUCUCCAAAACCCACGGCACAACCAGCAGCUCCUUCUAUGUUAAGGCCUUUGAGUGCUCCUAUAAUCCCUUCAAAGCAAGCUCCACCUGUAAUCUCUGCUGUUCAAACCUCAACAACCUCCUUUGCUCGUUCAAUGAGCUCAACAGGCCGUAUAGGUUCGCUGACACAUAGCCAAACAUACACUCCUCAAUCCUAUAAACAUGCCAUAAUUGGUUCAUCUGGGUUCAACCAUUUAAACUCUCAAUUGACGGGAAAAAGCGCAUUUUCCCUUUACUCACAUCCGUCUCCUAUCUCAGUAUCUAAUCAACCUGGCUUUACUAGCCAAGCUGGCUCGUGGGAUAUUUCCUCUAGUGGACUCUUGUGGACCGGUUUGAGUUCAAGCAGAGAAAUACCAACAACAACUAUCAACAGGAAUCAUGGGAUGAACCCUUACAACACCACACCCCUAACUACAAGCAUCCGGCCUACAAGAACGACACAUAGUCUGAUGACUGAUGAGUUCCCUCACCUCGAUAUCAUCAAUGAUCUGCUUGAAGACGGACACGGUGGUUUCAUGGGCACCAGUGUAUACUGUGUACCACAAUGGUUCAACAUGUACUUACAUGACGGUGCGGAUCUUGGUAUCUCAGGCAGGUCGAGGAGUUACAGCGACGAUGGAUUUCACCAAUCUUACGGUGGUGAAUACUUGUUACAUUCAUCUUCUUCUUCUUCGCCGUAUGGGAAUGGUUUGACACAAACGCAAUGGCAAAUGGCGAUGGACUUGUCUUUACUCGCUAUGAGGAACCAAGACGAUGCAGCAUCAGCAGCAGCUAGUAAUUACUCUUACUUUGACUUAGAUUCACUAAACCCGAAUUUAUCAGCUGGAAUCAACGGCUACAGAGACUUCAGGCCAUUGAACGGACACUGAGGUUUUGGGUUUAAAGGAGUGGCCAUAUGCAUUUUUAAUCUUAUUUAUAUAUAUAAAGAUGACGAAUAAAAGGCCAUUUGAACUAUUCAAAUGUCCUUUUCUUUGUUUUUGGUCAGAUUCAAGUGUUUUUUUUUCACCAAAAAUGCACAAAGUAAAGGAAAAGGAAAUGAAAAAAAAAAACACAAAAGAUACGCAUAUGACAUAGUUAUUCUAUGCAUUUUUAUUCAAUUUUGUAGAUGAAAG